AAAUUAAAGAUUAAGAUUGAAGAUCCUCCAGGAAGAAAACAUAUGGUGUUCCUUGGCGGUGCAGUAUUAGCGAAUAUAAUGAAAGAUAAACAGUCUUGGUGGAUUACCAAGCAAGAAUGGGAAGAAGAGGGUGCUCGUGCCUUGGAUAAAUUAGAAAUUCGUGGGGCCGCUUAA